GGCAAUUCGGCGAUAUCUAGGAGAAGGAACAUGUCGUUCAUAGUAUUUAUUCUCUGCCUGGCGACAGUCACAACUUUUGGAAGAAUUAUAGAAGAUGAUAACGAAUUUAAGAGAGGUUAUGCGGUACCUGGUUUAAUGAUGAUGGACGACUACCAAAAUGGUAAGAGAAAUGUACCGGGGAUUAUGAUGCAAGACUUGUUUGACGAUAUGGACAAAAGAUCAUUAACCCCCGUUCCCUUCUAUUGUAAUAAGAAAGCACCUUGUCAGAAUGGUGGUAUCGGACCGAAAAUAACGCAAAGACGGGGAAGAGCUGUUUGCGUAUGCCUAUGCCGGAAAGGCUUUAAGAACGCGUGGUGUACAAAGAGUUAAGAAGAACGAAAUUUUUAGAGAGAUAUAAAAUAAAAAGCUUAAAAAUAUAGGAUGAAAAGAAGAAAGAAAAGGAAUAUUAUAUACAUAUUAAAAAAUAUUUCUAUAUAUAAAUAUACAUUCUAAUUAUUAUGAAUAACUUUAAUGCACUAUUUAAUAUAGGAAACAAACAAACAAACAUAAAAAUGUAUUAAUGUUUCUUCCUUUUUCCUAAAUUCUCUCAAAAAGUAGAUAAAUAAACUAUUCGUAAAAGAAUAUUUGUAUAAUAACUAUGUACAGUUUUAUCUUUAUAUUUAAGCCCUAUUAAAAGGCUAUACACUAUAAAAUAUACAAUUUUCACUAUCUGAGUCAUACGGAGAGACAAGUCAAUAAUACUGUUUUAAGGGUAAAUUAGGGACAAUUAUUAUUGAUUGUUUAUCACUAGAUAUAAGUUCAAUAUAUAGAAUAUUCAAUAAUUUUAACAGUUGUCUUAUUUUUCACAAUUCAUUCAAUAUUUUUAGUUUUUUAACUAGUCAAAUAUAUAAAUCUGC